AUGUUUUUCAUCCAUGUUAGGAUUUUGGCGAAUGAUCUUCCUCUGGCUCUUAUUGAGAAAACAGAAGAAAAGCAAAUUACCAAGAAACAAAAACAAGAUUGGGAUGAGAUUCCUGUUCGAGCAAUUUCUGAGAUAUUGGAUGCUACUGAGAUUGGGGUUGGUUCUACUUUGGUUGUAACCGAAACCGACACAACCGACGUGUUACUAAGCAAAACUGGUUCUGUAAUGACAAAUCCCAGCCAGAAACCACUUUUCUAUUGUGACAUAUGUCGUGGGAAUACACCUGAUGUCUCUCCAAAGUACAAACUUCAUUUGUUUGUUAAAUAUGAUAGCGAUUCAUGCACAAUAAUGAUGCUUGACUCUGUUGCUCAAUCUAUUAUUCGUAAUGCUGCAACUGAACUUUGGGAUGGUUCCUAUGAUGAGAUUGAAGAUCCAACUAUUCUACCUCAGCCUAUUGAAAGUUUAGUUGGAAAAUCCUUUUGUUUUGGUAUUUCGCUAAGCACUGACAAUGUAAACAAUGGAAACACCACUUUUAAAGUGUUUGAGGUCUGGUCUGGAGAUAAAAUUCAGAAAAUUAAAUCUCAGACAGAGCCAUGUUCCUUGCUGGACACUUAUUCGUCAACUCUUUCUGGUGGUGAGGUUUCCCUGGUUGAUCCAAACAAAGAAAGUUCAUAUGAAGGUUUUUCAACCCCAUUCUCAAAGCGCAAAGAAGAAGAUGCUGAUCUAUUGGACAUGACAUCUACGUCUAAGAAACCUUGCACUCAGAAGAUCAAGAUGGAGAAUACAAAGACUGAUGAGUAG